GGUCGAUACUAAUAGACAGAUAUUUCAAUUUCAAGGGAUCAAAGUACAAAUAUAUACAUCAGUGAACUCUUUCCUGGGUUAUGGUCACUAUACCUGGAAGUGUGCAGAAGCCUUGUCUGACUUUCUGGUGAAGUAUCCUGAGGAAGUCAGAGGGCUUCGAGUUCUCGAACUCGGUGCUGGCACAGGACUUUGUGGAAUCACUGCAGCUAUUCUCGGGGCUCUUCAUGUUCGAUUCACUGAUAAAGACAUGACAUAUUCGGAUAAACUACAUCUUAAUGCUCAACUGAAUGGAAUCAGAAAUUAUGAUUUUACUCCAUUAGAUUGGAAUUAUCCCCUCGACUGGUCAGGUGGGAUCUUCGAUACCAUUUUAGCAUCUGAUUGUUUGUAUGAUAAGGAAGUAUAUGAACCGUUUUUGAAGACUGCAACUUUACAACUAAGGGUAAAUAACAAUGCAUCUUUACUUCUUUCUUUCGAAAAUCGGAGUUCUUUUACAGAUCUUUCAGUUUUGUUUAAGAAAUAUGGUCUCAAGGCCGAUGUUCUAACUACACCUAGUAAUUCGUUCAGAAAUAUCCAUUUAUUGCGUGUUACCUCUAUUCAGCAAUAAAAUAUCAUUCCGUUGUGUUUUUUUUCUGUGUAUGAACUUGGUAAAUAUGUUUGUUCUGAAUGAGUUUUUUUCACCUCUGAAGUGCACUCCCGACGUAACUUAACCUGUUUAUAAAUAAAUAGGAUUAUGUGGAUUACACUAGUGCUGAAGUUUUAAAAUCAUUUAGUUUUGAUGUGGAUAUUCCAUGUACCUAUACAAAUUGUUGCGCUUGUAUCACGAGGCAAGCGCUAACUUAGAAUCCUGAAGAGAAAAGGGAAAAAGGUAAACUAAAGAACAUAUUGCGUCGGGAGUUGGAAGCAGACAUCAAAAAAUGAAUAGCAGCUGGAAAGGGUUGCCCAGGACAAAGUUCGGUCGAGAAUGUUGGUGGGCAGCCUAUGCUCCUCCACAAGGGGUGACAGGCGUAAGUACUUUUGAUAUACG